AUGAAUCUGAGGAUAACGGUACUGUGUGUGAUAGUGGGGCUAGUGCUGGGUGUGAUAGAUGUAGAAGCUAGGGCAGUGAGUAGCAGGAGAGUUCAUCAGGAGCAAGAGAGAAGACAAGUGGAAGGAGAGACUAAACGUGAAGGAUACGACUACGGAGCAGGAGAUCACUCUUUCGGAGUGAAGAUACAACAUCCAUCGGCGAAGGAGACGCAGUCAUUUCAAGAUAGUGGGAGUAAUGAAGGACAUAAGGAACAUACACAUUUUGAACAUCAUCAAACAUUUGAACACCACCCGCACGCAGAACGUCUAACAUCUGUUGAACACCAUGAACAUCAAAGUCCUCAACAUCAACCUCUUGUGCAACAUCAAUCGCAACAUCAAAGCUUCCAACCGAGCCAGAAGGAAGACUUUGGGGAGUGGAAAGCCAUUCCUCAACACCACCAGAGCGAGAUCAAACUCGAGACUCAUGGUGCUGUAGAGGAAAUCCAACCGUACUACUCCGGAGGCGAAAGUCCCCAACAGGACAUCAAACAGGGGGAAGACUUUAAACUCAUACAUGAGAUAAACCAUGGGAUAGGAGAUUUGAGCAAUGCUGAACAUUCUUUGGAGUUUGAUCAUCCCAAAGUAGAAGAACACAUUGGGGAGCACGAGGAAGAGCAUCAUCACGAGGUGAAGACGGUGACAGUGACGAAGGAAGUCCCAGUGCCUUACACGGUGGAGGUGGAGAAGAAAGUGCCUUACAAAGUGGAAGUUCCUGUAGACAAGCCUUACAAAGUUGAGGUGCCAAAGCCAUACCCAGUCUACGUCGAGAAGAAGAUCCCCUACAAAGUGAAGGAGUAUGUGCCACAGCCUUACACCGUCUACAAGAAAGUGCCUUACACAGUGAAGGUCCAUGUGGACAAGCCUUACCCCGUCCAUGUACCGAAGCCUUACCACGUGGUUGUGGAGAAGAAAGUGCCUUACCACGUAGAGAAGCACGUGCCUUACCCAGUCAGAGUCUACGUAGACAAGCCUUACCCCGUGCACUACCCUGUGUACAAGCACGUACCUUACACCGUCGAGAAGAAGGUCCCUUACCCGGUCAAGGUGCCUGUGGAGAAGCCCUACCCGGUGUCGGUGCCAAAACCUUACAAGGUAUACGUAGAGAAGAAGGUGCCGUACACAGUUGAGAAGCCGGUACCAUAUCCAGUCCAUGUCCCGGUCUACCAUCAGGAAAAACAUGAACACUCUAUACAUCACGAAGGGCCACACGCAUCACACGAAAUUCCCCACAUAUCACACGAACACUCUUCCUCUCAUCACGAAAUCCCACACAUAUCACAAGAACACUCUUCCUCCCAUCACGAAAUUCCACACAUAUCACACGAACAUUCUUCCACCCAUCAUGAAAUUCCCCAUAUAUCACACGAACACUUUUCCUCUCAUCACGAAAUUCCCCACAUUGCACACGAACACGCUUCCUCUCAUCAUGAAAUUCCCCACUUUUCACAACACCAUUCUUCCGUUCACCACGAAAUCCCACACACAUCGCAACAAUCACACCAUGAAUACUCUCCCAAGUUCCACCAAUUUGAACAAAAUAGACACGGGCAUUUUCACCAUGAAACUCCUCACACAUUCCACGAAUAUGCUUCUGCCAGUCAUGAAGUCCCUCAGAAAUUUUAUGCUGAACAGAAAGCUCACGAAAGUUCCCACCACGAAGUUAAACUUCCCCUAAACCAAGGGAAUGAUGGAGAUCAACCUUCCCAUAUCAAAAGGGAAGAAAUUAGGGAACAGAAAGUUUCGGAGAGUCGUCAGCACGAGUCCAGACAAGGUUCAGACCAUCUUGUCAAUCAGGAGUUGAAAGCUUCUACUUAUAGACCUCCAACUUCUUCUUGAGCUUUGGAGAAGUUCGAUCAUUCGUAGAGGUUCAGAAAUGCUGGUGCUCUAUAAAGCCCAGGAAAGACCUCCUUAGGAGGCGUUUGA